AUGCCCGACGAAAAAUACACCGCCCUCUCAACCUCCGAACCCAAAGAUCAUCCCCCAGCCUACACAUCCGCAUCUAAACACGGCGCCUCCAAAUCUAUAUCUAGUAUCAAGGGCCCCUUACCACGGGGACCUUUUCCUCUCGAUAUACCCGUCUUGCAGCAUUUGAAGGGAAAGAGAAUUAUACUUGCUUCUGCUAGUCCGAGACGGAAACAAAUAUUGGCUUCGAUAGGACUAACAAACCUCGAAAUAAUACCCUCUCCACUUCCAGAAAAUCUCUCCAAAGAACAACUAGGACCCUUCGAUUAUGUUCUCCAAACUGCCAUUCAAAAAUGUCUUUCGGUGUAUACACACUGUCUCGACAAUUCACUCGCCAGUAUACCCGACCCCUCACUCGUGAUAGCAGCCGACACGAUAAUCGUCACGACAUCGGGACAUAUACUCGAAAAACCACGCUCACAAACCGAGCACAUCCGCAUGCUACAACGACUCCGCGACGAGAAAACGCACAAAGUAUUCACCGCAAUAGCGAUCCUCGCGCCGCGCGAAGACGCGCGAUAUCCGGGGUAUAAUUGCGAGAAUGAAGUGGUGGAGACGACGGUGGUGUUUGAUGCGAAUGUAGGGGAUGAAUUGAUAGAAGCGUAUGUGCGGACGAGGGAGGGCGUGGAUAAGGCGGGGGGGUAUGCGAUUCAGGGGAUGGGGGCGAUGUUGGUGGAGAGGAUAGAGGGGAGUUGGGAUAAUGUGGUUGGGUUGCCGAUUAGGAAUACGGUGGCCAUGAUGGAGAAGGCGGUUUUUGAUCAGGAGGAUUUGGAUCCUGAGGAGAAUGAGGAGGGGGAUGAGGAGGAUGAGUGA